AUGGUUGCUGCACAGUCAUAUGUUUACACUCUGUUUCUUUGUUUUGCUGCCCUACCCGUGCUGGCGCAAGAAGUUCUUCAUGAUGGAAAGACAUACGUGAAAGCAGACAACUUUGGCUUCACCUUAAAUCUGGUCUCUGGCCUCGAAGAAGCUCCCUUGAAAGCUAGGUCUCCGGGCGCACUCGGAGACGCAGUGUUAGAAAAGCGUCAGGGAUCGCGAUGCAUAAAUCCUUUGUGGGAUCACUAUGACUCGGACUUCAGUAUAAAGGAUUAUACUGGCUGCGUCACGGAAGAGAUGGAAUUGAAGUAUGAGCCGGACAAGAAGACCAGAGCUGAUAAUAGAUCGAAGAAAUGCCCUGACGACUUUUGCACGAACUCGAAAGAGGGAGGAAAUCCCAAGCGGGGGACAAGCAUAUGUGUACCGGCCUGGCAACAGAAUAUUCAAGGGGGCUAUCUGAGUGGCAUCGGGAAGAGAGCCAGUGGCCCGGAUAGGUCCUACAUUUUGAAGAUUGUUGGGUGGGACUGUGCCACGCGCCGCCCGAAAAGUGGCUUUUCCACAAAUUGUGGGGGGAGAGCCAGACGGGAGAUAGAGACCACCUCUAGUCGGGAUGUUACAGGCCAGGAUUUGUGGAUGGAUUUCGAACAGCCAGGAGAAAAUUAUUUGCUUCUUUAUAUCGGCGAUUUGCCUCCAGGAGUGUAUACCUACGACCUCAACCUCAAUGCUGGCUCCUUCUCUGAUGUUUCUAUCAUCGACAAACUCGGGGAACAAUACGCAGCAAUCCCCGGCUUCAAUGCCAAAAACGGCCGACAAACCAUCUCCUUCAACCUGCAAUAUGGCGCACCAGGACUGGCGCUCAUGGGCGUAACUCGAGAUACGAAUAUCUCUAUGGCAUAUAAUGCCACGGGAGCCACGGGAGCCGAUGCAGUUCCGAAGAAGAGUUCGGCUGUAGGCGCGUUGCUUGGGUUGAAAGAUGGGAAUGGUGAGGUCGGGAUCUUUGCUUUGCCAGGGGUUGUGGCUUUCGGAAUGGCUGCUAUGUGGAUGUAG